UCCGAGGAGGAGAAGGAGGAGGAGACCAAAUUCGUCGAGUGGGACCCCACCGGACGCUUCGGAAGGACCACCCAGCUGCUCGGCCGCGGCACGUACAAGAAUGUGUACAUGGCCUUCGACGAGGAGGAGGGGCGGGACGUGGCGUGGAACCAGGUCAAGGUGAGCGGGUUACCGCGCGAGGAGAAGCAGCGGCUGAUGACCGAGGUUGAGAUUCUGAAAUCCCUGGACCACAAGAACAUCAUCAAGCUCUACCACAGCUGGAUCGUCACGGAGAAGGACGAGGUGAGCGUCAACUUUAUCACCGAGGCGUGCGCGCAGACGCUGAAGAAGUACGCGGCCAAGCUCAAGACCAACCUGGAUCUGCGGGCGGUCAAGUCGUGGUCCCGGCAGAUCCUGCGGGGCCUAGACUACCUGCACUCGCAAUCCCCGCCCAUCGUGCACCGCGACCUGAAGUGCGACAACAUCUUUGUCAACCAGAACCAGGGCGAGGUGAAGAUUGGGGACCUCGGUCUGGCCGCCAUGCUGGACAACAACAGGACCAAGUCGGUGAUCGGCACCCCGGAGUUCAUGGCGCCCGAACUGUACGACGAGGACUACGACGAGAGGGUGGACAUCUACUCGUUCGGAAUGUGCAUCAUCGAGCUGGUCACGCACGAGUGCCCGUACAGCGAGUGCCGUAACCCCGCGCAGAUCUUCAAGCGCGUAACCGAGGGCGUCAAACCCGAGGCGCUCGACAAGAUAAUCGACGCGGACCUCCGAUCGUUCGUGCUCAAGUGCAUCGCUCCCAUCAACAAGAGGCUGACGGCGAAGGAGCUGAUGGCGGAUCCCUUCCUGGACAAGACGGCGAUCAAGGCGCAGGCCAAGCCCAAGCCAACCGCGGCGCCCGAAGAGGGCGAGGCGAGGGAGGUUAGGAAGAAGGGCGGUUCGCUCGACUUCCGGGUCAAGGGUCGCAUCCUCGAGGAUAAGACGCUCAGGCUUCGCCUCAAGAUUGGCGACGCCUCGGGCCACACCCGCACGGUUGAGUUUCCCUUCAACACGGACUCGGACAGCGCGUACUCGGUGGCGAGCGAGAUGGUGGAGGAGCUUCAGCUCGCCCAGAGCGACGUUCGGACCAUCAUGAACGAGAUCGAGAACGAGGUCAAGUUC